AAAGCUGCGAAGGAGGCAGUGAGCCUAACGAACGUGUGAUCUCACCAUUUAGCAGCCAUUAUGAUCUUCUUCAUGGACCUCCAGAUGAUGCUGCUGGACGUCAUCUACUUCAUUCUGCGCAACAGCCUGCGGGCCGUCCUCCGCCCGCGCAUCAAGUGUAUCGAAGGCGAGCUGGUGCUGAUCACCGGAUCAGGAGGCGGCCUCGGUCGCCUCUUCGCCAAGGAGUUUAGUAAGCGAGGCGCCGAAGUGGUGCUCUGGGACAUUGACGCCACGUCCAACGAGCGAACGGCUGAGCUGGUGCGCGGUAUGGGCGGCGACGUGCACACUUACACGGUGGAUGUGACAAAGAGGGAGGACGUGUAUCGCCAUGCCGACCUGGUAAGGAAGGACCUGGGUCGAGACGUCACCGUGCUGAUCAACAACGCUGGAGUGGUGGCUGGACACAACGUGCUGGACUGUCCUGAUGAGCUCAUCGAGAGGACUUUGAGAGUCAACUGUCACGCGCUUUUCUGGACAGUGAAGGCCUUCCUGCCUCAGAUGAAAGCCCAGAACCACGGCCACGUUGUGACCAUCGCCAGCGUGCUUGGCCUCUUCAGCACAGCUUGUGUGGAGGACUACUGUGCCAGUAAGUUUGCUGCUGUGGGUUUUCACGAGUCUCUGGCUCACGAACUGCUGGCUGAGGAGUUGGAGGGCGUUAAGACGACGCUUGUGUGUCCUUACAUCGUGGACACGGGCAUGUUUGAAGGCUGCAAGAUAAGGGAGGAGGUGGAGCUCAUUCUGCCCCCUCUGGAGCCUCAGUACUGCGUGGAACAAGCCAUGAACGCCAUCCUGAUCGACCAGCCACUCGUCUGCAUCCCGCGCCUCACAUAUCUGCCAUUCCUCUGCAGAGCGUUGUUGCCAUGGGAAUCCAACGUGGUUACGUAUCGUUUCAUGGGGUCGGACAAGUGCAUGUAUCCCUUCAUUGAUGCCAGGAAGAAACUGAUGUCAAACGGUGGAAACUUGCUCGCAUAAAAGAACAGAAGACAUUUAAUUCAAAAAACAGAUCACUAUAAAUGUUGUCCAGACAUUUAUUUAAAAACACUGCUAAGAGGGUGGGAAGUUAAUUGCAAGCAUGUUAGGUAGAAAUUAAUACAUUAAUACUUCAAGACAUAAGUUACAUUGGUCCUGUGCUGCAGUUUAUACCUUUAAAAACUGUUAUUGUGAAACAACUUUGUCCAAUGAAAUAUUAAACUCAAUGUGACCUCACAAUUUCACGAUGACUUCUAUAGUAAAAACUAACUUUAGAUCAUAAAAUGAUUUUCGGGAAGCGAAAGUUCAAAAAGCAAGCGGUAGUCAUCCAGAAAUGUACUAUGUGUAUAUGAAAUAUAUGACACACACACACACAUACAUAUAUAUAUAUAUAUAUAUAUAUACACAUAUAUAAACAUACAUAUAUAUAUAUAUAUAUAUGUACAUGCAUACAUACUGUACAUACAUAUAUAUAAAUAUAUACAUACCAGUGACGUGCGGUCAGGGGAGGCAAGUGAGGCAGUGCCUCACCUCGCCACCAGGCUUAACUAUGAGAUGUUCACAAAAACAGAGUAAUAAAAUAGGGUUGAAUAUUUCUCUUUUAGUCAAUGCUUUCUAUGUGAUUUUGGUGUGGUUCCUGUAUAUUUGGAUAAUUUUCAUGGUCAAAAUCGCAGAAAUUCUGUGUUUCCUGAUCACCAGAAGUGAGGCAGACACAGGUGGUGCCUCCACAGCUACACACAAAGUGUAUUGAGCGUGUGCUUGAGAGGGGGCGCGUCCUUGACGCCACGGAGAAAAGGCAGGAAAUGAGGAAGCAAGUACCUCUGCCUCAAAGUAGGGGGUGAUAUAUUGUUCAAUGCCUCAGCAGUAAUCUGACUCGCCACAAUGGGAGAAAUGGGGGCACUAGAGCUAGCAGACACAUGUCUCUCCAGCGGAAGCCAGACUUUUUUCUUUUUUUUAAAUAUUUAUAAAAAACAUGGCACUUUUAUUAGAGUAAGGCAGCGUUUGUGGGUGUUAUUGCUGCUUCAGGUACAAAUACAGAAAGGUAAGAUACACUCAUAAUACUUGAUUUAUUUUGUUAAAAGAAAAUGGGACCAAAAAGUAUUUAAUAA